AUAUAUAUAUAUAUAUAUAUAUAUAAUAAUAACAAAGUAGCAAGUAUAUUGAAUUUAAAGUUUCAACCCAACUCGUAACUUCCGAAGAAUUGAAAUUCAAAUAAUCAAACUCUUUUGGCGAUAGCAGGAUGAGAUCCCGCUCUAUUCUCUCUCACCCACGAUAACUUUCCAGUUUCCACGCCCCCACCACGUUAAACAAAAGGGCACAUCAAAGCAUCAAGCAAAUAGUGAAAAAAAAAAAAAGAAACAAAAAAAGGGAGUACAAAAUCAUGAAGAAAAAUUCAUCAAAAGACUCCCAACAUAAUAGAAAAUCACCCAUCAACAACAACAAACAGCUCCACCAAAAAUUUGAAAACAUUGAACAAGAAUGGGACACUUAUAAAAGAGUUGGCAAAAGACCAAAAUCUCAUCACUUGCUUACGCGUUCAUCAUCAACAGGAGAAGGAAGAAGAAGGAUAAGAAGAAGUAGUUCUUCUAUCAUUUCUUCAUUGCAAGACCAAAUCCUUGAGAAUUCUCCAAGGAGUUUAAUGUCUAGUUUACAAGAGAGUAGUACCAGAAGGAAGUCACCUUUAUCUGAUGAAGGGUCGAUUUGGAAAGUGAGGAACAAUGAUAUUGCAUAUCAAGAAAUCAUGAAGGAAAGAAGGGCUGUUUUAGAAAGUGGAAAGCUUAAAGGAAGGAGGCUUUUUGAUGAUCAAGGGUCAUUAUCAUCACCAUCAAGCAAAGAGAAAGAGGAAGAAAUGAUUUGUGGUGAAUGUUUUGAUUAUCUGCUGUAUAAUCAAGAGAUUAGUUGUGAGGUUGAGUCAUUGAGAUCUUAUGUUUCUGAUAAUGAUCAUGAAGAACAUGGUGGAAAUGAAUCUUCUCCUCCAAAGGGUUCUUCUUGCUUAAAUUCUUCUGUGGGCGAUAUUGGUCAUGAUGAUGAGGAGGAAAGUGAAGAAAAUUUGAGUUUGAUUGAAGGAGAAAAAAAGGUGGAGGAAAAUGAUGAUAUUGUGAAAGAGGAGAAAGGUAGUAGUGUUGUAGAUUUUGGUGCAAAUUUUUUGGGAGUGAAAAAAAUUGGAUGGGGAAGAUGGAUGCCUAAUGUUAGGGCAUGGCUUAUUGCUGCUGUGACAAUGGUGUUUACAGUUGGAUUAAUCUCACUAAGAAUUUAUAUUAAUGGUGGCAACUUUGGAGAAGAUGAGUUUUUGAUUCCAACAUGAUCACUUGAUGAUCUCUUGAUGUGGUACACAUUUUUUUUCUUGGAGAUUAAAUUAUCAAGUUUUUUACAAUCUUACUCGAGAGGGUUUCAAUUUUGUGAUGAAAUUGAUUGUUGAUGACUUUUCAGUUGAUUAGUUGUUGUACAGUUUUUGUCCUAGCUAAUAUCUUACUCCCCCAUCCUAAAAGUAUUACACAAACAAGACUGUCACGGAGUACUUUCUUUGAUGUGUUCCAAUCUUUAGUAGUUUCUUUGAUGUGUUAUAGUUUGAUGAGCUAUAAUAUUUCCGUGAUGAAUAAAUGUGUUUAAUUUCUGAAGAAAGUGUGUUCCAAGGAUACAUACUGAGGCUUCUUCUCAUUCAGAAAGUUUUGAAUCUCAUAAAUGUACUUUAUCUUCUCCAUCAAAGUCUCCAAUCCGUUAAACAUUUUAUGCC